AUGAGUGAUGAGGCAGCCGAAUCCAUCAUCACAGAGCAUUUGGAUUACUCUGCGUUGUCGGUUAUUGACGACGUGAUCAAUGCAGUUAACGAGAUAGUGUACAAAUGCGUGAAUGCAAUGGAGACAUAUUUGAAGGCUAAGGAAGAGAAGAAACAAGAGGAGCAGGAGGAUGAUGAUAUAAUAAUGACUGAUCCAUCUCAGACAGACAUUAUGAGUCGAAUACAGCACGGAUCAGGAGCAAUGGAGACCCUGCUUACAGCUGCAGUAGAUCGAAAUUUUGAUCUGUUCGAGCUGUAUGUGUUGAGAAACAUUUUCAGCAUACCGAAGGAUCUAGUGGACGGUGGAUGGAUGAGAUUGGAGCAUCACGAGGAUAUAAAACCAGUGGGUGAGAAUUUUUCCACGGUGAAUCAGAAAAUCAGAGCUUUGACAAUACAGACGCAAUUUCUUUCGGAAUUGAAAAAGCUUAUGAGCAGGCAACUUCACGAGAUAUCUCAAUUACAAGCCAAAUUGAAAGGCUACAAGCUGAUAAUGAUGUACUUUCAGAAAAAAGCUGGUGAGCACAGGGAGUUGGAGCCACUGAGGGACUCCCUACCAUUCCUGAUCAGCGAGACCAAGAAAAGGAUAGGACAGUUUGAGAAGUUACAUUUGAUUAUCUCAAACGGAGAUAUGGCUCUUGAAGAGACUUAUAACGAGAAAUUCCUAAAAAGGCUGACAGAUAAACAAUUGGAGUCUCUGGGACUCUCAAACAAGGACAUGCCAAACAAACAACCAGAGAUCGACCACGAGGAAGAAUUGCUGGCGAUGUAUUCCGACAAAGACGAGGCAGACCUGAAAAAUCUUCCCAAAUGGGACAAAUCCUGA